AUGCCAAACAUAAACUUGGACCGCCCGUCGACGGCCCACCUACGGCGUGGAUUGCUUAUGGAGCCUGUAGAACGUAAAACACGUAGACGAGCAUCUCAUCGUCUCAGUGGCGGUAACUCGUCUGGAGGCUCGGACCCUCUAUCCAAGACACGCACAAGACCGCCUGUUCGGCGAGGCUCGUUUGAUAUCUCGUUUGAGGAUGAAAAUGGUGGUCUAGACAUGCCAGAAACGUCUCUCUGGCACGAUGCACCUCUCUUUGUCGCCAUUUUACCUUCUCUUGGAGCCUUCAUCUUCGGGACAGAAUACAUUCAGGAUAUCAUCUUGUUUCUCUGCGUGUGCUGGUAUCUUCACACAUGCAUUCGGCUGCCAUGGCAGCUCUACGAGCUCUCUCGCCCACGCCCCUUGACCAAGCAGGCACGAGAUAAUAUGACACCCGCACAAAUCGCAGCACAAGAGGCUCUUAAAUGGCGGUCGUUCACCUACCUCACCAUUGCAAUCGUCGCACCUUUUGCUGGCUUCUUCUUGAUACGAAAGAUUCUCGAAUCCGUAGGGGCCACCAACGAAGGCCCGUAUAUUACGUACUUUCAUGGGACUCUGUUCGUCUUGUUUGGCGGCGUCCGGCCAAUCAACCACGCCGCUUCUUUACUCGCCGGUGGAACCCGCGAACUACAAGGCAGGGUUCAUCACCCACCCAAAAACUCUGAAUCAGAAGAACUCGAGAUGAAAGUGGAGCGGCUCGAGAUGCUAGUGGCCAUGCUCACCGAGAAAUUCAAGGAGACUGAGUUGGCAAAGCUCGAAGACACUACCAAAAAACAGCAGGGUAUGCUAGAAGUUCAAGACAGCUUUGAAAAGACAGCAGCCAGACUAGAGAGUGGAGCGCGACGACGAGAGAAGAAGGCAGACAUGGCGAUGGAGCUACUUGAUCGACGCAUCGAUGGGCUGGAGAGGCAGUAUGAUGCGAUACUCACAGCCACUAAAGAGCGUAUCUCGACGAACGGCCACCAUAAGCAUGGUGGGGAAUCGAUCCUUCGGGCGCUCUUGCUACGAUGGCUCGACUGGAUUGAGGAUCUCUGGAAUGCCUUGAAACCGCGGCGAUUUUCUUCGGGCCCGAUAUCCCCAAACGGGUCGCGGACGGAUGUGAGGAGGGGUAUAGGCUUCGGCGUCGCGCGAUCUUCGAACUCAAACCUUGGUUCUUCGCAGCGACGAAGAUCAUACGAUGCGCCAGGUCCCAAUCUCGAUACUGUUAUGGAAGAAGAACUCGAGGUCGACCCGGCCCCCGAUCGUGACGCUGGAGUGGGCAACGACAGCAGCCCCGGGGUGACCGUUGCUCCGCGCGGCAUUCGGAAAAGGAGCCACCUUCCAGGGUCAUUUGACCCCAAACUAUGGCUUCUAGUAACGGCGCUGGCACAUUUGUUCGUAUCCCGGUCGACAAUGGUACCAAACGCGAUGGAAGCAAGAGGCGUGCAGUCUCGAGCAUCGUAG